UCACCAGAACUUGGUGCUGAAACAGUAGGUCCUUGAAUGUGUACUCCUAUAUCCUUCCAAGAGGAAAAUAUGGAUCUUGAUUUUGUACUAUUAAACAGCCAAAUGUGGAUGUGGAUAUGGGAUUUUGAAGUUAAUAGAUAUAGAUUGCCGCUUAUCCACUAUGCAAACUUAAUAAUUAGAGCGACAAAUCUUGAAAAUUUUCAACUACACGUGUACAUCUUCAUGAGUCGAAGACAGUUGUGCCGACUUGUCCUCGCAUAUCCGCUUCUAGCCAAAUAGAUACUUAUCUGUUCACAUUUGUUUUCACUGUUUUUUUGCGAAGCAUCGGCGAGAUCAAGAUAUAUACUUGGAGAGAAACUUCAAAGAUGAGUCCCGUAUAAUUUGGGUUUCACACCCUUCUCUGCAAAAACACAACUUUAUCUUAAUGUAGAACAGUUAUUAUCCAAUAUUUAGCGUGAAGUGGAUUGUCAUACUAGAGCGAAAUAAGGUAGGAAGGCAAGUUAGACUGAAUUAAAUAGUGAGCCAAAAAUGUUCUGGUUCGUAGUGUAAAUGCAGUGUGGUUCAGGAGAUGAGAUUGCAGGAAGCCCAUACUUAAUGGAAUCCAUUCCCAGCAGUAGUGAUAAGAAAACUUUGAAGAGGUGGUUUUUCAUUGACAAAAGGGUUGGUUAAAGAUUCGGUACUACUCUUAUACAUCCACUACUAUAAGGUGUCAACUGCAUAGCUGUCAAUCUCAUUGUCAUAAUCAGCCAAAUCGAUAUUGUUUCAAUGGACUUGGACUCGACAAAAGCCUCUCCAGUUCUUGCUGAUCCUUCACCGUUGAACAAGUCCAGAUUGGGAAUCCAUUCUAGUUUAUUUCCCUAUUCACAAUCUGGCCCUUCAUUCUCCACUAGUGUGCUAACAAUUCCCAGAAAGAAGCCACCGAAACUUGAUGAUGUUCUUUCCAAUGGUUGGCUCGAUGCCAUGAAGUCGUCUUCACCUCCUAGGAAGAGGAUUCUGAAGGAAGUAAACAUUGAUGUUUCUUCAGAUGAUGCCGAUGUUACUUACCUUUCUUGGCUGAUCAAUUAUCCAUCAGCUCUCAACUGCUUUCAGCAAAUUAUGAGGCAAGCAAGGAAUAAACAGAUAGUGAUAUUCUUAGAUUAUGACGGGACUCUUUCUCCUAUUGUUGAUGACCCUGACCGUGCUUUUAUGUCCAAUGAGAUGCGCUCUGCUGUCAGGAAUGUUGCAAAGUAUUUCCCAACAGCAAUCAUCAGUGGGAGAAGCCGUGAUAAGGUUUAUGAGUUGGUAGGUCUAACUGAACUCUGUUAUGCCGGUAGCCAUGGUAUGGACAUCAUGCUGCCAGUCAAAAAUACGUUAUCUACUAACGAUCCAAAUUGUAUCAAAACUACUGACCAGCAGGGCAAGGAAGUUAAUCUGUUCCAGCCUGCUCGUGAAUUUCUACCAAUGAUUGAUGAGGUUUUCAGAACCCUUGUCGAGAAAACUAAGGACAUUAAGGGUGCAAAAGUUGAGAACCAUAAGUUUUGCGCCUCUGUACAUUAUCGUAAUGUAGAUGAGAAUAAUUGGCCUGUGAUUGCACAGUAUGUCCAUGAUGUCUUGAAAGACUACCCUCGGCUUCGGCUAACUCAUGGGCGGAAGGUUUUAGAGGUCCGUCCUGAAAUUGACUGGGACAAAGGGAAAGCAGUUGAAUUUCUGCUGGAAUCAUUAGGUUUUAGCAACCCCAAAGACGUGCUCCCUAUAUAUAUUGGAGAUGAUAGAACAGAUGAAGACGCAUUCAAGGUGUUGAGGGGGAAAUACAAAGGUCAUGGAAUCCUUGUUUCAACUAUCCCAAAAGAUAGCAAUGCUUUCUUCUCUCUCAGGGACACUUCACAGGUCAAAAAAUUCCUGGAAUCUCUUGCAAGAACGAUGGAAGACAAAGAUAUAUAAGAAGCAUGAGAGGAGCUAAAGGGAAAUAGUGUUAGAUUGAAGAAAAUGCUAUAGUAUUGGGUUUCUACAGUUUUUCCAAUGAAUAAGCCAAAGUCAUUUCUAAAUCUUUGUUUACUGUUUUAUGAAGGUUAAAAUUUUGCAAAGUUCCAUUAUUUCCUUGCUUUGGUUUUAUAUUCUUUAGUUUAUAUCCUAUUUUUGGAAAUGGAAGGUCUUCAAAGGAGGACCUUUCUCUUUUUGAGUUGGUAGUAGUAACUAGAUGUUAACUUUCGAUAGCUACUUUAUUUAUUGCACUAUUAUUCUUACAAAUAUGUAUUUCUCAU